CACUACAGUCUUUCCUUCACCCAGUCCUUCUUUCUACUAUCCAUUCACUUCGCCCCGGUCGGCAUUUAUUCACAACUUACGAGCUAGUCUCCCUUUUGAUAGCCUUCACUUCUGAUAUCACUUCAAAUUGUCUAUUUUUAUCAUAACGAAAUGGUUUCCAAGGUCAUUCUCAUCUCGGCCAUUGUGGCCUACGUCGAGGCUCGCUUCGGCCAGGAACAGGUCCCCAUCUCCGCCAUCUCUGCCGUCCAGGGUGGUAGUCCUGGUGCCGCCGCCACCAUUGCUGGAGGCGCCAUCUCUGACCUUCUCGGUGCAGCCAACUCUUGCGCCAAGCUCGCGACUGCUGAUAAGAUCGUCGCUCAGCUCGGCGGUGGAGCCGAUGCCAUCGCCGCUGCCAUCGGCAUGGUCACUGCGGAGAAGAACACCAACCCCUUCGCCAACGGAAACAUUCAGAACGUCUGCGGCGAUGCCUCGCUCCCUGCUACUCCGGAGCUCCGCGGUAUCACCCCGCUCAUCGACCCGGCUGUUGACACCACUGGAGGAGUAGCCGCACUCAGUAAGAGCUCUGCCGCCUCCCCACUCAACGCCGCUGGCAAGAGUGUGUUCGACCUUCUUUCCGAGGCCGGUUUCGGAGACCUCGUCGCUUCUCAGAAUGCUGCUGGAGGCGCUGCCGCUGGAGGCGCUGCCGCUGGGGGCAAUGCCAACGCUGGAAACAAUGCCAACGCAGGCAAUGCCAAUGCUGGAAACAACAACGCGAACCAGGGCGCUAACGCGGGAAACAACGCGGCGAACAAUGGAACUGCAAAUGCCGGUGCUGGUAACUCUGGUGCCGCUGCAUGCAAUGCUGCCAACAGUGGCAACGCAAACCAGAACGCCAACAACGGUAAAGCAAACCAGGGCGCCAACAACGGCAACGCGAACCAGGGCGCCAACAACGGCAACGCGAACCAGGGCGCCAACAACGGCAAUGCAAACCAGGGCGCCAACAACGGUAACGCAGGAAAUGCAGGUGCUGCCGCUGGAGGCUCCGUCCUCACCGGCGCCGAAGACUUCGGCACUUGUACUCCCACCAUCGACUUCAAGCUCGGACGCCCUGGCCGCAAGGCCACCGAGGGCACUUUCCAGAUCUCUGACCCCACCGCCGUCGGCGGCCAGCAGGACGCCCUCAACCCCAACAUCAUCACCAACGCGCUCUGCAACCAGCUCACCAACGUGUGCGGCGCCAAUGCCGCUGCCAUCACGGCAUGCGAUGGAGCGAAGGCGCUCGUCCAGGCUGCGGGUACGCGUGAUGCCACUACUGCCGACCUGUUCAACUCGGCGCUCGGCUUUGGCGGUGCAGCUAAGUCGAAGAGGAGUAUCACUCGUCGCUUCAGGGCCUAGAUGAUAACUUCUAGGUUUGGCUGAUGAGUUGAGGGAUGACUGGACUGGGAAUUGAAGGAUGGCAAAGGGGGGAGGAGGUUGAUGACGGAAAAUUAUAUCAGAGCCCGUGGGUUCUCCCAUUUCAUUUCUUGGCUUUGGUGUGUACGAUUGAGGCGAUAUUUUUGAGAUAGAUACGAAUAUCAUGAUAGCG